UCGGCAAUUUCACCCUCUCUCUCUCUCUCUCUCUCUCUCUCUCUCUCUCUCUUGUUUCGUAUUUUCCUCUUUUUUUGCGAAUUUAGAAUUGAAAAAUACAGAGUAGGUUCCAGCAGAAUACAAAAACCUUCCAUUUAACAGCGGCUGUUGGCAUUUCUGAGCUCUGGAAAUACAGAAACGCAGCUGUUUAGAGUUCAAGGAGGUUGGGUUUUGCUGGACUCCAAUGGCUCUCCUCUGCGAAUCGUUGAAACGAGAUCUGACUGUAUACUCUGAGAUCUGCACUGGAGCCUGUUGAAUAUAAUGCUGCAACUCUGGUCAACGAAGUAGUUGCAAUUCGCGCAGAUUAGAGUAGUUUAAAAUAUCGCUUUUGUGGCCGGAGGCAAGCAUUGAGUGCAUUCUGGUUAUACUUAUUAAGGAAACAUGAAAUUUGAGUUAAAGAGAUGGAGAUCCAUUUCCCCGCUUCAAUUGAAAACCAAAUCAGCGGGACGUUUUUGUAUAUUUCCCAAAUCAAAGUCCGAUAGCGCUGAAUUAGGAAAAGCACCAGUUUAUCUCAAUGUAUAUGAUUUGACUCCCAUGAAUGGCUAUGUCUAUUGGGCAGGCUUUGGAAUUUUUCACUCUGGUGUUGAAGUUCAUGGUGUAGAAUAUGCAUUCGGAGCACAUGACUACCCUACAAGUGGCGUUUUUGAAGUUGAACCUCGCCAAUGCCCAGGGUUCAAGUUCAGGAAGUCUAUUUUAAUCGGAACAACAUGCUUGGACCCUACUCAGGUUCGAGAGUUUAUGGAGCGCCAGUCUUUGAGCUAUAAUGGUGAUACAUAUCACCUGAUUGUCAAGAACUGCAACCAUUUCUGCAGGGAUAUUUGUCGCAAGCUCACUGGAAAAUCAAUUCCUAAAUGGGUGAAUCGACUGGCAAGAAUAGGUUCAGUAUGCAACUGCGUACUUCCGGAAUCUCUGAAGAUUUCUGCUGUACAACACGACCCAAACCGCCAACCAUACGACAGCGAGAAGAGGAGCUUGAGAAGCACCUUCAGUUGCCUGUCUUCCAUCUCGAUGAGGCAGAAGCAAUUAUCAUCAUCUUCGUUAUUUCUGCAGUCGCCCCUGAAAGGCUGCUUACCGCCAUGGGAAUUGCGAAGGUCGUUGAAUGGUUCGUUGAAAGAAAGGUGAGAAAGUGUUUGGAAGACUUGCUCUUACGCCCCCAAAUGUAAUUUGAAUCUAGUUUGAUGACCUAGCAAUUAGGGGAAUUUCGAACUUGUUGCGAGAGUUUUUUGCGAGCGUCAGUAAUUGAAGGCUGCCGUCACUCAGAUUGUUUGUGUUCUCCCAGGUUUGUUGACUGAUGUUUAUGACCGUUGUAACUGUAAGUUUGCAUGAAGAAAUUGCUAAAUCAGUUCAUCUA